CAUUCAAGGGAAAAGCAGUCUCUUGUGAAAGAGAUAAUGCAGCUGAAGAAGAUGAAGGAGCUCAGAGAUAGGGAGCUUUCACACAAAGAAAUGGAAUUACUACAGAGCAAACAGGAACUGGAACGGCAGAUCACUGCCCUAAAGAAUACUGAACACAAGGUUAUCACAAUAAAGGAGCAAAUUGGACAAAGAUCAGAACAAGAGAAAAUGAUUGUGACACAACUAGGAGGAGAGCGUCUGAACCUUUUAAAGGUGCAGUCAUCUCUCCAUGAAAUGGAGGGAAAAUACCGUUCCAACACAGCUGCCAUGCAGGAUAAAAUCUCACAUGAUUACAGAGAUGAAAUCCGUCUCCUUCAUCAACAGCUGCGUGAGAAAGAUAUGAUGAGGAAACAGGAUUGUUUCCUCAGAAGCAAGAUGACAGAUGAUUGUACCACUUUGGUCAAGGAGAAUGCCCAGAUACAUUCACAGAUUCUUGAGCUCAAAAAGCAAAAGGACAGGGAGAGGAUGGUAAAAGAAGAGACUGAUAUUUGCCAUACUUCAAGUGCUGUUCAGCUGAUUACUAUAAAAGACCAUAAGCAGCAACUGGAGUAUGAGGUGAGGAGACACAAAGAACGCCUGGAAAUUGAGAAAAAUAGAUUUAAGGAACAUAUGGAAAAGAUUCUGCUCCUUGAACAAGGGAAGACCUCACUGGAACUGAACAGAGCCACUGUGCUCAGUCGUAUAUCUGAGGAACAAAGCAGAAUUGCAAAUGCCGAAGAGGAGAACUUGCAGCUGCAAAGGGACAAGGGUCUGCUGGUUGACCUUGUAACUGACUUGCAGAAGCAGCUUUCGAGGCAGGAAGAAGAGCUCUCUCGAAUCUACUCUGAAAUACAUUUAAUUGAUGAAGACAUUUCCACUCUGAAAUCCCAGAAAGCACUGGAGCAUUCUGUUGAGUCUGAACGAUGGAAGGAACUUUCCAGAAUGUCCAGUUUGGCAACAUUAACUGGGCCAAUGAGCAGGAGUGGUCGAAAAUUUGUUUGUUAAAGUUUUUGACAAUGUAUGGUAUAAGUUGCAGCUUUUAUAGAUGAAAUAAGUAAACUAAAUUUUGUGCAAUCCAAAAUAUCAUGAUAAAAAUUUCUAUUUGACAAUUAGCUAUUAUAUUAUAUUAUAAAUAUGCUAUUUAUAACAUACCCACAUUUUGUUAGCAUAACAUUGUAAACUAUUACUUUGUGACAAAUACUAUGAACAAAUAGCAUUGCUAUGUCUACUUACUUGAACAAACUCAAGUACAUUUGAGACCUGGUUGGUUCCAUUGCCUAUAAUCUUAUCUGAGUGGACCAUAGCUAAUGAACCAAUUUGUAAAUUAUAGAAAGCCUUUCCCUCAAGUCUAUCCACUUAGCUCAAUUCACCAGCAAAUUUUCCAUGUUAGAAUCUAGUUUAUACUUUCUAUCAUCAUGUUAGAUAUUUUGCUCUCUCUGAUCCUCAGCUUCCAUCUCUCUUGCCCAUCCAUUCAAAUUACAUGAAAAGCAGCUAUCUUUAAUCUGGAACAUAGUCUGCAUGCAUCUCAUGAGGAAUCCAUUGAAGUAAAGCAUACAUUUGUUAUGGCACAUCAUGUAUAUGUCAUUGGUACUAUUAUCCCACUUUUACCACACAGACAAAUUAUUUUCUGAUUGAUUCUUUGUCCACUAUCCCUUGAGGCAGUGAAGUUUAGAUAAUAACUAUAACUUUUGUAGUAUCUGUUUGCCAUUUUUUUAAAUCUCUUCCCUGAGUCCUUGAACCAUUCUUUAAAGUGAAUAGCCUUUCUCUGUCUCUAUCUAACUAAACCAGCCAUGUUCUUCUUAUUAUUAUUAUUAUUAAAUCUCCUUUCAAAAUACUGUGCUGUCUGCAAUCCAUUCUUGACAAAUUCCCUGACAUGAUUUCUCUUCAUUUUUGUUUAUUUUGUGUUCAAAACUGGCAUGUGUGCACCUUGUGGUGAGUUGUAGCUAUUCACACAUCACAGGGAACCUUGCUCAUUUGAUCUUUCACCAAAAUCUUGUUUAGAAAUGUUUUGCUAUGUUCUGCCAAAUACUUAGAAAUUGUUGAAACAUUCAAAUUCUGAU